AACUUUUUUCUUUUCUACACCUACAACACGAUUCAUAUUGGGAAUCUUCACCAUUCGUCGUUUACCUUUCUUUUCCCUCUUUUUCAUAAACGCGGUGCAAGACCUAAACCACCUUUCCUUUUCUUUUUCUCUCUUUUUUUUUUCUGUCCUUUUCCCUCCUCCUCCUCCUCCUCCUUCUUCCUCCACACUCCUAUUAUACCCUAACUUAAGUUCAAUAUUUAACCAUCUCGAAUAAUCAACGCAGCCAUUACUGCCAAUCGAUUUUAAUUCAAUACGCUCGAUUGAAUCGCCAUGGUCAAAGAGGCAUCGGCAGUGCAAGUAGCAUUGCGCAUACGACCAUUAACUGAAAAAGAUCGUGCUCAACCUCGAUUUGCCAAUCUUUCCAACGACGAUGUAUUAAAGAUUCAUGAAAAGACCGUGCAUGUUGUGCCGCACAGCAAGCUGUUUACGUUCGACCAUGUGUUUGGCGUUGACAGCACUCAAAGUCAAGUGUUCGAAGCACUUGGUGAAAAGCUUAUCCACAAAUUCGUCGAAGGUUAUAAUGUGACAAUUCUUGCAUAUGGACAAACAUCGAGUGGCAAAACAUAUACAAUGGGCACAGCACAACACCAGAGCGGACGGUACAACAUGGAGUUAGAAGGCAUCGUACCACGUGCCAUGUCCCUUUUAUUCGAUAUCCUCCAAUCCGGCAACAGCAACAACAAUUCAUCCGACGCUGUCCGAUCCAUCACGCCCGCACCAUCCGUAUCCUCAUCCACAACCGACACCGCCUCACAACCGAAAAAUCGAUUACGACCUCCAUCUAGAAAAUCCCACGUGCCAUCUACUACUACAUCCUUAUCCCAUGCAACAUCAAGACAACAAAAGUACACCGUCAAGGUCUCAUUUGUCGAAAUUUACAACGAAGAAUUAAACGAUCUCUUAAACGGAGCUUCACCCACAGAACGACCGCCGGUCACGAUCCGUGAAGACGCAAAAGGUCAUAUUUAUUGGACGGGCGUUAAGGAGCUGACUGUACACAGUACAGAUGAUGUGUUGUAUCAUCUGGAACAAGGCACCCGGAAUAGAGCCACAGGAGCAACCGAUAUGAAUGAAAAGUCGUCCAGAUCCCAUGCUAUUUUCUCGGUCUCGCUCAAACAUGAGAAAUGGGUUCCUGCAGGAGGCGCUACUCAUCAUCCCCGUACAGAUAGCCCUGUGUUUGGCCGGAAACGGUCCGGAAGUUCCAUACGUGGAGGCGGAGUGGCUGCACCAGGAUCUGAUGAUGGCGAAUGGAUGAUCACAAACUCUAAAUUCCAUUUCGUCGAUCUUGCCGGUAGCGAGCGUCUCAAACGAACCGCAGCUGAAGGUGAUCGACGAAAAGAAGGCAUCAACAUCAAUGCAGGGCUACUGGCAUUGGGUAAUGUUAUUUCCGCCCUCGGUGAUCCAUCCAAACGUAGCACGCACGUCCCUUAUCGCGAUUCUAAGCUGACGCGGCUGUUGCAGGACUCUUUGGGCGGCUCAGCAGCGACGUUAAUGAUUGCCUGCGCCAGUCCGACCGAAUAUAACUUGUCCGAGACUCUCAACACACUGCAAUACGCCAAUCGGGCUCGCAACAUUAAAAACCGGGUUGAAAAGAACGAAGUCGAAGAGUGGAUGACAACCGAAAAUAUCGAGCUACUACGUACAAUGAUUGGCAAAAUGAAGAUGGAGCUGCGAAGCCUAAAGUCCGGCUCCAUGAGCUCAUCUGCCAGCACCGUUGUCGCUUCUACCAACGACAACCACAACGUGGACCUACUUGUCAAUAGCAAUGACUCGGAUCAAUUGUACCAAGAACAACGGUUGACGAUAGCCGACCUGCAACGCCAAGUGGAAGAGUUAGACGGCGAGGCAACAGUGACUCGCGAACGAAACAAGGUCGUCGAAGCUGAGCUCAAGCGAGUACGCAAACUCGAGUCGAUGCGCAAAAAGGAGGAGGAGCUCAAGAUGAACAACAAUCACGACUUUCAACAUCUGGUCGAACCUGUGAUUGAAGAAUACGAGAAAAGUAUCUCUGCUUUGGAAUCCCAGCUAGCCAUGGCCCGUGCUGCACUCAAUCAUUCUGACAUUGGCUUUGAGGAACAACGCGCCAAACUCGAACAAUGCGAACUGAUGCUCGAGAAUCAAGAUCAGACGGUCGCUGAUCUACGCACGCGACUGUCCAAGCUUCAGGAGCGCGAGCAUAACAAUGAAGCCUAUAUCGACGAGCUCGAGGGGAAACUGAUGCGGUCUGCGAACGAUGCACUGCGGGAUCAAGAGUUGUUGAACGAGCUCAAGACACGGAUCAUGCGGUUCAAGGAGACGGACGAGAACACGGAGCAAUACAUCUUUGAUUUGGAGCAACGUUUGGCUACAAGCGAGGCGGACAAAAUUACCCUUCAGAAAUCAAUGGAAUCUCUCGAAGCCAAGGUAUCGGAGGCCGAAGCUACCAGCAGCAAAUUACGU